UGGGGUAAGAGGUUAUCAACACUUGUGUAGCUACUCCAUAGCAACUGCCCAUCUCUUUCCCCGAAAAAUAAGAACUUUGCACCUAACAUUGUGCAAUUCUCGUGAUCUUUCACACCCAUAGAUGAGGGCUGGUGGUCAUCCAGUGUUUGCCCGGUGUUUAUGAGUGACGUGGCCGCUGUGCAGGACGACAAUCCCGGGGACAACAAGCACACUGUACCGCUGGACUGCUGCGGAGGACUGAGCAACGUGGAUUACUCCAAGAUGGACGUGACGCUUAUGAAAGAAGUCCUGAAGCACAUCAACUUUCGUGACUCCAGCUUUUGCAUCGCCGUGAUCGCCAUCAUCUUUAACCCACUCUUCUGGAAUGUGGUGGCGAGAUGGGAGCAUCGUUCUCGGACCCUCUCCAAACUCUUUGGCAGCCCCUCGCUGGCGUGUUACUGCCUGGGCUUCGUCAUCAUUCUGCUCAACGUGUACCGCAGCCACAGUAUGACGGUGGCGAUGAAGGUCCAGGCCCGCUGGGAGCUGAUGGACCGGACGGACGUGUUCUACGCCGGCGUGGCUCUCAUGGUGCUGGGCACGGUGCUGGUGGUGAGCAGCUUCCUGGCUCUGGGAUUCACCGGAACCUUCUUAGGUGAUUACUUUGGUAUCCUGAUGGAGGAGAAGGUGACCUGCUUCCCCUUCAACGUCUUGGAGAACCCCAUGUACUGGGGCAGCACCGCCAACUACCUGGGGCUGGCACUCAUCGGUUCCAGUCCUGUUGGUCUCGUCCUGACUGCGAUAGUCGCCGUGGCUUACAAGGUGGCGAUACGAAUCGAGGGACCAUUCACCGAGCACAUCUACCUGGAGAGGAGUCAGCGGCGUAAGCUUCAAUAAUCAACCCCCCCCCCCCCCCCCGAGGACCCCGCCCCCGCACUUCCUGCUCCUGAUCCGGCCGAGGAUUCCCAUCCUGACACGAAGACGGACAGACUGAUGGACAAACAGAGCUGGUUAUUAAUCUGUCUCCAGGAAGGAUUCAAGUGUACGGAAGAAGAUUAGAAGUCUACUUUGCUUUUUACAUUUGGCCACAUCCCCAAAAAUGAUCCUAAUUUGACCCUUAUCCUCUUCCGUGCAACGGUCCACACUGCAGUGUAUGAAUGUCGAAGCUACAUUGAGCCAUUUUUCUCACGCCAUUUUGGACGUUAUCUUUCCGACAAACUUCAAUCAAAGAGGCCCUGUUAUUCUUUUGGGGGUUUUCCCUUUCCUUUAGUUUGUUCUGUAGGUUUUAGUGCAUGUAAAUGGUAUGCAAAAGCUACACAUUCUGUGCCAGCUAACCAGUCGGAGCAGAAAACGUCCUCUUUAAUUACGUUAUUAAUUCAUGUCAGGUAUUUUUAUUUGUCAUCGUGCAAAAUACCAGGGUCUCUCACCUGACACACCUCAAAGGAAUCAAGUCAUAAUUAAUGUUUACUGUCAUCAUAACCUACAUGAUGUCUGUUUUAAAUGACACACUGAUAUGCGCUGGAUUAGAUUUGUUUUUCUGAACAAUCACAUGAUUAUGGAUGUACUGGUGUGACUGAAAUCUUUGUUUUGUUCUGUACAAAGCUGUCAUUUUAGGGUUAUAGGAAUGGUCCAACCAUCCCUCAGAGAAGCGUCUCCUGCAACACUGCCGUUUUCACUGCACGAAAUUAAAGUUUCACACAGUUUUUAAUGUUAAUUAUGAACCCUUUUGAUACCAGAGGAGCGUUACAGAUUUAAAGUGCACCUAUGCAAACCAUUCACUCUGUACAUACACCCCGCCUGCUGAGGUUACCGGGGCAUUUGUGAUUAAAUAAAGAGCGUGUGUUGGUCUCUC